AUGUCGGUAGCGGCGGCGGCGGAAGCACGUGGUGCUGCCGCGGGGGGCCGGGGCCGGGGCCGGGGCCGGGGCGUCCGCCGGGCACGGGCGUCCUUUGUGGACGAGUCGCUCUUCGGCAGCCCCGCGGGGGCCCGCCCGGCGCCGCCCGGCUUCGCGCCUCCCUGGGCGGCGGCGGCGGCGGCCGAUCCCGGUGGCGGCGGCGGCCCCGGCCCCCGGCCGAGGAGUAAGUGCAGGUUGAGAAGUCACACUCCGUCCUUCUGCGACGAGUCCCUCUUUGGUGCCAAGCCCGAGGGUCCGGCCUGGGCAGCUCCAUGGAUGAGGAAGGAAGAUGUAGCCAAGCUCCAUCCGCUGCUCUGGAGCCCUCCGCCUGCCCCCCGAAACCAGCCCGGCCUCUCCCCCCGCUCCAGGGAGACACCCUUGAGAGCCGUCCACCCGCGAGCCCCUGCUUCUCCGGCAACAGCAGGCUUUGAGGUGGGCCGUAAGGGCAACUCCUGCGUCUGGAAGCGUCCCGAGAGCGAUUCUUGCUCCGACGGCCGGGGUGCUCCCGGCAGAGGACGUUCCCAGUCUCUCAGCCGGCUGAACACCCCCUCAGACGGGUUCUGCCUGGCUUCAGACCACCCCAAGACAGAAAGGUGUAAAAACCAGAGCCCUCCGACGGCCCCUGCGACCCCCCGAGGCCCUCUGAUGAGGGGUCGGUCAAAAAGCGUGUCCGGACCUCCUUUGGCCAGGAGCUCCAUGGCAGUGGGGGGCUGCAAAGCCAGGCCUCCCUGGAAGUGAAACCAGACGUCCCUCUGGACGUAAAUACAGCCUUAGCCUACCCGAGACCUCCCGGUGACCGAGUCUGCGAGGACCCUGGGCCUUUCUGUGGCUGGAAACGAAGGACGGGGCUGCUCCGUGCUGGAGGACGAGCCAGGAGCCAAGGGUGAUGGCAACGCCGACGGGGCAGUGACCUCCCUGAGCAGGGCGCAGUCCCACAGCAGCAGAGCGGGACGGCCUUGGUGGUAACAGCAGCUUCCGUUGACUGUCCGGUGGUCGUCAGAUGAGGUGUGGUAACGAGUCAGCUUCCUUCUGUCCAGGAAGUCCUGCCGGGAAGUCGGAACAGCAGGAGACAGGACUGCCUACAGCGUAGGUCCAGGGCCCGUCCAGGAGCAGGACCAGGCACAGGUACUGGGAGGCUGCUCUUGAGGCCCCCCGAAACCUUCCCUUCUCCAGGCUGAACAAGCCCCAUUCCCUCAGCCUCUGCGCACAGGACGUGUGCUCCAGCCCUGACCGUUUUGGUGGCUCUCUGCUGGCCUUGCUCCGUUUCAUUGAUGCUUUAACGGUCUCCUUUGGCAAGGAAGGAGAAGGGAGGACAAGCACAGAGGAGUGUCUGGAACAAGCAGCUUUUCUGGAUGUGGGUGGCAGCGCAGGGCCAAGCCUUUCCCUUGGUGCAGACAGCGUGAAGUGCCUCUCGCUCAGCCUGCCAAGACAGCAGACGCAGUUACUGCAAGCUUCAGGGCCUUCAGCAGGUUUUCCCUGCACAUCCCUACAGAGGGAUCCUUUUACCUAUCCCAAAUCUGGGUAGAAUCGCCCCUGGCUGCUGAACUGAGCCUUCCCAAAGGGACCGAAAAAGGAAAUGAUGGGACUUUUCAAGAGGUGUCAGGUCCAAAUACCUUCAUGCUCCUUUGAACCUCCCCCCCAGCUUCCCUACGUUGCAAACAGCCUCCGUCCGCUGAUGGGGACUCUGACCGAGUACUGCACGCACAGGUCAGAGCCCGCUGUGCCACCGCUCUGAAGAAAAGGCCACCUCUGUGUGGUUUGGGUGGGGCUGAGCUUGAGCCGAGAGCUUUGCUGAGAAGCAGGUUAUAUCCGUGGUGCCGUAACCCAGCUAAUAAGCUGUGAGCUGCUGGGAGCGUGGGAAGAGACAGGCCGUGUCCGCCUGCAGAAGGCUGAGGACAGGUAGUUUUGGUGGCACUCGGCAAUGAUUUAUGCCUUGCCCACUGCACUGGUGAGCCACGCAGAGGAGGAGGAGGGUUAGGGGAGCCAGCGGUUCUGGGGCUCGGCGCUCCAGCUGCCCUGGCAGAUAGGAAGCAAGAAUAACCUGACGUUAUUAAAAACCUGAGAAGGUGAGGAUUCUUAUGAUUAGCAGCAAGCUUUCAGGUCUUUCCCUACGCUUUGCAUUGCAGCAGUCCAGCAGCUCUUCUCCACCUGGGUAAAAACUGUAGGGACAUGAAAGCAAUUAGGGCCUUCUCAGAGGAGGCGUUGGGGGUGCUGAUGUGGAUCUGAGCCUGUUCAGCUUAAUUUGGAUGUCGGCACAGUGACAUGCAAGCUGUUAAGCCUGCAGGCCUCUCAGUGGGCUGGGAGAGAAACUGAAGCGUGAUUUGGACACUAGAUGGAGACAAGAGGGUUAAGGAUUGACACAAAAGCGAGAGCCCUGUUCCCUGGCAGCAGGUGGAUGAGUCAGAUCCAGUAAGGCGAGUCAUCAGCAACUGGGGUAACUGCUGGACCCACAAGCAGGACACAAAGUGCAAUACUGGAGUGCUGGAGUACUUGAAAGAUGAAGCCUCUUAAAAUGAAGAGAGAUUUUAUCUGAAAAACAAGUUGACAGUGGCUUGUAUGGCCAGGGGUGGCCAGUUUACCCGCGCUGCUGUGUUCAGGCUCCAAGGAAUCAACGGGCAGAACCAGAGCCCAUCGCAUCAGUCACACGCUUUCCUGUCCCACACUGGCCCAGGUUGUCACUGAGGGCUUCCAGGCCAUCAGGAGGUCAGAACUGGCACUUCCUCGCUAUUUACACCACAAGGACAAUGUUGGUUAAAAUAUAAAUGAGUAUAAAUGGGUUGCUUGGAUUUCAUAUUGCAGUUCUCACUCUCGUUUGACGCUUUACUACUGCCCUGGCCUCUUGUUCUACCAGAGCUGUGCAGUCCAG